AUGGUAUGUUUCACCGACUACAUCAUCGUAUUCUGUGGUGUCUGGGAGGAGUGUUUUACACCGCAGCAAACACAAAACAAGGCGAACGUCAUCAUUGAGGCCAUGAGCAUCAGGAACUCGUUCGUCAAUAACAUCUUCGAGCGCAUCGCCGCCGAAGCCUCUCGCCUGGCCCAUUACAACAAGUGGCCGACCAUCACGUGGCGGGCGAUCCAGACGGCUGCGCGCCUGCUGCUGCCCGCCGAGCUGGCCAAGCACGCCGUGUCGGAAGGCACCGAGGCCGUCACCAAGUACACGAGCAGCAAGUAA